UACAUAUCAAUAAUAAAAAUAAUCGCAAAACGUCUGUGCCGUGGUGGAGUAAGCAAUAUUUUAAUAAUUUGUGAUUAAUAUAUUUAAGUCGCAAGUGAAUCUGCCUCCUUAAUUUAUGCAAAGUAUAAUUAAGAUACAACAGCAACGACGACAACAAAGACCGCAACAGUACAUCAACAGCUGACGAUAUCUAUAGAAAUAACAACAACCACAAGUACAGCGACGACGUCGACGUCGAACGACAGCGACACCAAACGGAGUUAUCGACUCAAAUAGAGAGUGCAGUAUAAAAGCAAGUCGCAGUGUACGACGAGCAUUCCAGCCAGCAAAGUGUGUGCGUGAGUGAGUGAGAGUGUGUGUGUUGUACUGUUGUAAUUAAAUCAUGUCGAACGACGAAAAUACGCCCGUUUUGCGUGGCUGCAUCAAGCUGCCGCUGGCCAACGAUGAACUGCUCGAAGUGACGUCCAAGGCCAAGGACUAUGCGAUAAUGCAUGGAGCCGCAAUGCGUUCGAAAACCGCCUUCAGUCCGGAUUCGUUAAAUUUUGCGCCUUUUGUGCUGGUGCCAUCGUCGUUUCCGCGAAAGGAGUUCGAGAAGGCGAUUGCCUUGCAGCCGAUAAUUAAUCGAUUAAUGCACAAUGUUGCUCAUGACGAGGAAUUCAUUACAACAACGCUGGCCGAAACGAUUAAAGUGGACGAGUUUACGGCGAAUCUGUUUAACAUCUAUCGCAAGGUGUUAGCCCAUGGUUUCACACAGCGCAUUUCAUUGGGCAUGCUGCGCAGCGAUCUGAUGCUGGAAUCCUGCUGCCCGGAGCUGUCGCCCAUGUUACAUCACGUGGAAAACAAUAUGGCGGCAUCGACUGCGACUGCUGCUGCUCCUGCUACAUCAACUGUUGCUGCUGCUACCGCUGGCGGAGGCGGCGACGACGACGACGAUGUGGCGGAGGCAAAUGGGAAAGUGGAUAAUGUUGGCAUUGUGCGUGCGACUAAAUCGGCCUAUUGCUGCUGGAAACAAGUGGAGAUCAAUACGAUAGCAUCGGGUUUUGGCCAUUUGGGACCAGCAAGUAAAACCAUACAAAGCUUUGUGCUAAGAGAAUUGGGACAUGCCGAGAAGCUCAAACACAUGCCCAAAAACGAUGCACUGGCUGGAUUAUGUGAUGGCAUGGUCAAGGCGUGGGAUAUUUAUGGCAAACCCGAAUCGGUUAUUCUGUUCAUCAUUGAGGACAUCUCCUACAAUAUAUGCGAUCAGCGUUUCCAUGAAUUCUACAUCCGUGAGACGUAUCCACACAUCAAGGUCCUGCGUCGCACACUCACCGAGGUGCAUCGCGAGGGCAAACUUGGUCAGCGCAAAGAGCUGUUGCUUGGCACAACGGAGGUGGCUGUCAUCUAUUUCCGUGCCGGCUAUGAACCAGCGCAUUAUCCCACACAGGGCGAGUGGGAUGCACGCUAUCUGAUGGAGACCUCGUUGGCCAUCAAAUGUCCGUCGAUUCAUUACCAUUUGGCGGGCACGAAGAAGGUACAACAAGCCUUAGCCCAACCGGCUGUGCUGGAGCGUUUCAUUAACGAUCCAGAGGAGAUUAAGGCGGUGGGCAAAAUCUUUACCGGUUUGUAUUCGCUGGAUGACAAUGACGCGGGCAAUGCCAACUAUGAGAUGGCAUUGCGUACGCCCGAGAAGUUUGUGCUCAAACCACAACGCGAAGGUGGCGGCAAUAAUGUUUAUGGCGUCGAUAUACCCGAUGCACUCAAGCGCAUGACACGUGUGGAGCGAUCCGCUUGGAUCCUUAUGGAUCUCAUACAUCCGCCUUUGUCGCAGGGUUAUAUGGUCCGUCCGGGCAGCGAGAUGCCGCCACAGAUUGUCGACAUGGUGUCGGAGCUGGGCAUCUUUGGUGUGGUCAUCGGGGAUGCGGAUAACAUUGUGCACAACUAUCAGGCGGGUCACAUGCUCCGCACCAAGCUAUCCACGGCGAACGAAGGUGGCGUUGCCGCCGGCUUGGGCGCCUUGGACAGUCCAUAUCUGAUCGACAGUGAUGGGGAAGAAGGCUACUAUUAAUUAUCGACAAUAUAUAUCGUAUAUAUGUGAAGCAUUCCCUUGCCUUCAAAAUGAAAAACUUACUUAACGAUUGUAUAAAAUAUAUAAAAAUUAUUUUUGUAAUGCUUGUAGAGUUGUAAUUGAUGCAAUAAAUUUUAAAUGU